AACUUCUCGGGUGAUUAGCAUGUGGAUAGUGAUUUGAGACGCGAAUCGGAAGGUACAGAUCGUGGGAUCUCUUGGCGUACAUCAUUGCUCAGGAACAAGGGUCUCGGUGCCGCAUUUCACCCUAACUAACCCCGAUAACAUCCGCCACCUGCGCGCCGACAGCCGUGUAAUCAGUAACUUCUUCAACCACUCGCUCAAACAAGAUCGUGCACAUCAAAACCUCAUUUUCUAUCUCUUCGUCAUCUCAACAUGUCCGAACGGCCGGCAACACCACCACGAGCGACUCGCUCAGCGGGCAAGCUUCCGCCUAAUCCUCCCACCCCCGAGCAGAUCAGGCGCAUGGAAGAGGCUCGCCUGAGAGCAAAGGCGCAGGCGCAACAAGCACAAGCAUCGAAACCUACACCAGCGCCUGCCGCCGGUACCAAGCGAGCGUACUCCUCUAUCACAGCCGCGCAGACUCCAGCGACCCUUCGCAACGCUGCAGCGGCAUCACCCGCCAAACGCGAUCAAAAUGGCUUCAUACAGCCGCCAUCGAACGACUAUAUCCAACCGGCAAAGAAAUACGCGAGAUCGGACUUCAUCGAAUAUGAUUUCAGUAAAAUGACGGAUACGAAGGGUGGUUUCCUAAGCACCGUAGACGACCCGCACAACAAGGCUAUGUGGAAAGGGCAACAAAAGGAAGAGCAAAAGCCAGAGGGCGUAUCAAUGGCAGAAUGGGAAAGGGAGCGUAUAAGACGGAAGCUUCGUGCCAACAGGGCCGGUCCAUAUGAGCCUGGUAUCUCCAUCUUGGACACGGUCAAUGGCAAAGAAGAAGAGGAUGAGGAAGCAGCACUGCUUGAGGCUGCUGAGAACGCCGAGAUCGAGAGUGGGACAUUCAAAGGCAAAUAUGGCGAUGGCAAGCGUGACGUCAAGGGCAAAUGUCGGGAAUGUAACAGUCUCGAGAUCGAUUGGAAGUGGCAGGACAUAUUCGGCAUCGGCAUCUGCAAUAUCUGCAAGGAGAAACUCCCAGACAAAUACUCUCUCCUCACCAAAACCGAAGCGCGAGACGACUACCUCCUUACCGACCCCGAACUCAAAGACGAAGAACUCCUACCUCAUCUUGAACGACCGAACCCGCAUAAACAAUUCUUCCACCCCAUGCAACUUUUCUUGCGUCUUCAAGUCGAAGCGUAUGCUUUUAGUCCGCAGAAAUGGGGCUCAGCAGAAGCAUUAGAUGAGGAGUACGCGAAAAGGCAGGUUGUGAGCAAAGAGCGGAAACAAAAGAAGUUCAAGAACAAGUUGGAGGAUCUGAAGAAGCGGACGAGGGUAGAAGCAUACAAACGCGCGCGAUUAGCGGGUGACGGCGGUGACGCGCAAUUUGGGCAAAAGAUCAAAGGCAGGUACGAUAGGCAUGAGCACGAGUGGGGCAGGAGCGUACUUGAUCCUGAGACGGGUAUGACAAAGAAGAGGUGUGAGGAGUGUGGGAUGGAAGUUGAAGAAUUGGAGUUUUAGAUAAGCUCGAGUGGCAUGGCAAUGCGUCGCGCCAGAUGAUACCCAUAUUUGCAUUUCUUGUCCUUUACAUCCAUGGGUUGGUAGCAAGCGUUAUGUAGUGAGUCCUUAUACCACAUUACGUCUAGCGUAGAAUGUGGAAUUGACUUGCAUCUUGUCAUCGACCCGCAAGACGAGCCCCACUUCGCCUCGUCCCUGGCACCUGCCCUCCACGCCAUGAAGCAUUGUGGUCCAAAUUCCAUAGCCGUUUAUCUUAGUAUAUAUAAUUAUAGAUCGAGCUCU